GUGAUGCCAGAGCAGGCCUCCCUGAGGUGAGGGGGUGAGCCUGGGGGCCGCCUAGGGGGAAGAUACUACACAGAAAGGGAACAUCACGUACAGAGUGGCUCAGGCCGGAGCAUGCCUGGUGUGGUCCAUUGUGGCUAGGGCCUUGUGAGGGAGGUGAGCUCAGAGGGGCCCACAAGGGUCCCUGACCCUGGAGAACCUCCUGGCAUCAUGAAUAGUUUGCUUUUUCCUAUGAGAGAAAUGGGGGCAGUGGAGGGUUUAUAUGCACACAGACGGGAUUUGACAUUUCAACAGCUGCAAAAUCGUCUGUUGAUUGGACAGUUAUAUAUUUAAUAAGUCCUCUAUGAUGGACAGCCUCUGCUACCCAAUUAAAAAUUAAUGAGGUUAAUACUUGCAAAUGAUUAAAAAAGUUCAAGAUAUAGGAAAGGGCAUGUAGUAAGGAACCUCCCUCCAACUCCUGCCCCACUGCCACCCAGAUUCUCUCCUCAGGGACAAUCCCCCGUGAGCAGCUUCUAGUGUCUCCCUCCAAAGGUAGUUUCUGUGUCUCUCAGAAAUACCUGUAUAUUUCUGCCUCUUGAUAUGCUAACGGUGUCACAUUGUGCAUGGUGUUCGGCACCUUGCUUUUUACUGCUUAAUGUCGAUAUGUUCCAUGUCCAUUACAUAUAGAGCUUUCUCCUUUUUGACAGGUGGCUAAUCUGACUGCACUGUAAUGAAUUAACUGGUCCUCAUGUGGCCUUGGCUGCAGUGCAGGAGCGUGAAGUACCACUCUGGGAUGCUAGAGGGGCACCUCUUCACAGAGCCUGGCACACAGCAGGUGUUCAGCCAAUGGGAACAAAAAGGGCUUAGCCAUCUUUUCUUGAGGCCCAACUCUGGGCUACACCCAAUAGACUUGGACCCAGAAACUUGAAAGCCAUUCGUAUCCUGGGAUGAUGACUUUGAUUCCUUCACAGAGGGCCUUCUGGGUCAGCCCAAGGCUGAAUCACUGUUUGUGUUCAGGCAAAUGGGAGACACUUGAGGUUUUGUUUUUUAAAUGAAGGAUAAGGGUGGAGGUUGAGCCUUAAUCCAUUGAACUUUCUAAAGACAAUGUCUUCUUCCCAGUCGAGAUUAACUCCCUGAGUCUGAUUGAUCCACUCACCGAUUAAUGAUCUAAUCUAUAGGGGCCAGUUAGCCUAAUAUACAAGAAGUUUUAGCAAUUAGGAAGUUCAUCAAUUCAGUGACCAAAGGACAGACACACUGGAAUAGUUCAGGACACAGAGAAGAAAUGACUUUGGAGUACGUAAAAAAUGCUCCACCCAGCUCAUGUAAAUGCAAAUUGUGACUAGGAGAUCUCACUUUCCCUUAUCAGAUGAGAAAAGAUAAAAGUUUGACAAUACCCUGCCUCCACCAGAUUUUGAGAAGGGACCAUCACCUCCCUGCUGGUGAAAGUAUAAUUUAGUUUAACCUUGUUAGAGGACAUUUGGACAAAUAUAUCAAUAUUUUAAAUAUAUUAACAUUUUAAAUAACAUACCUUUGACCUGGAGUGCAAGGAUGUAUGUUCAAGACAUUCACUGAAAUUACCAACUUGUUUGUAGCAACAAAAAAUUGUACUCCAACUUAAAUGUCUAUCAUAAGUCCCCUUGCUAGAUAAAUUAUGUGUUUAUGGUAUAAUCCAUACAAUGAAAAGGUCUGCAGUCCCACAACAGAUGAAGGGAGCUACAUGUAACGAUAUGGAACAAUUUUCAAGACACGCAGUAGGGUUACUUGGGAGGAAAAAGCAAGUAGGCUAGCAGGUAGGCUCCCAUUUGUGUUGUGUAAAGAAGGGGUGUACAUAUUAACAUAUACAUAUGUAUCUAUCUCCUUGUCUCUAUAAAGACCACCUCUGGACAGUCAUACAAGACGCUGGUAAAAAUAGUUGCCUUUGGAGAGGGAAAUGGAGAUUUGGGAUAGAGGGAAGCUUUCUUUUUUGGUUGAUUGGAUUAUAAAUCAUAUUUUUAGUUAUUGUUUUUACUUGGAGUGGGAGAUGGACACCCGUGGAAAAUGCAGACCUUUAUUCAAAUUUAUCUUCCUCUCAGAGGCCUUUUCUGGCCACAUUAGAUAGUCUUAAACCUCUUUCCAAGGCAGCAGUACGAGUUUUCGUCCCCAUUAAAGGCAUGUGUAGCUAGCCCCGCGCGACAGCCAGCAGAGGGCGCCGCAGGGCCGCGCCCCGGGGCGUGGGGCGUGGGGUGUAGGGCAGGGAGGGAGGGUCUGGCUGGGCAGUCCGCUGCCUCUCAGCUGCAGAGCCCGUCCAUUUCCGGGAGGACCUGACACCACAGCAUCAAAAGUGUCGUCUCGCCUUCACCUGCAAGACGGCCUGCACCGCACCUCCGGGAGUUGGCUCGGGCCCAGGGGCCUCGCCCAAAGCCCCCUCCCAGCUCGCUGUCUCCGCCGCCUCCUGGAGGGAGGGACGUGAGGACGAGCCAGGAUGAGAAACCGCCGGGACAAUUCAAUCAGAAGGGAAGAUACUGCCCAGAUCUGAGAAGGGCCCCUCCCCCACUUUACACGUCCUCCAGGGCGCAGGUGCCGGGCCAACCCAAGGGAAAUGGAACGCCGGAGGCCCAGGCAAUGCUGUUUGGAGUACGAGCAGCCUCUGGACUCUACCAUCCCAGCAUCUCCAGGAGACAGGACACCCACCCUUUAUAGCUGAGGAAAAUGAGGCCCAGAGAGGCUGGGUAACUCGCCCUGGGUGACCCAGGAGAAGGAAGAGCCAGUAAUCAGUCACUCACCAAGUGCUUGACUGAGCUUCUGCUAAGUGCUUUGAAGAAAAUUGAAUUGGGUAAUGGAAUAAAAAGUGAUGUUGUGGGUGGGGUAGGGUCUACUUCAGCAUCAUCAGGGAAGCUUCCCUUGAGGAGGUGACUUGUGUUACAAUAUGUCAUUCUUACCAAAAGUGUUUAAAUUGUCUACUUACAGUUUAAAGACUAAUAAUAAAGAAAUAGAACAUUACCAAGAUCUCUAGAAGCCCCUCCUCCCCCAGCUAACCACUCUCCAGAAUUUUGUAUUAAACAUUUCCUUGCUUUUCUUUAUAGUUUUACCACCUCCAUAUACAUUCCCAGACAAUAAAUAGACAAUAGUUUGCCUGCUUUUGAAUCUUACGUAAAUCUAACUAACUAUAUGCAUUUGUUUGAGUUGGUCCUUUUUGCUUAACAUUGUUUUUGAGAUUUAACCCUGUUGUUGCAUGGAGUUGUAGUUUGUUUUAUUGCUUUAUAGUAUUCCAUUAUGGGUUGGUACCACAGUUUAUUAAUUCAUUCUACUGUUGAUAAACAUUCGGGUUGUUUCCAGUUUGUUGUUGUUGUUUUGGUUUUCUUUUCUUUUUCUUUUCUGUUAGGAACGAAAGUGCAAUGAAUAUUCUCUUAUUUCUUCUGGGAUUAGGUAUGGGCAGCAGUUCUCAACUUUGGCUGCUCACUAGAAUCACCUGGGGACUUUUUAAAAAUGCUAAUACCAUAGGGUCCCACCCAGACUAAUCAAAUCAGGACCUCUGUGGGGGUGGGGCCCAGGCUAAAUUGUUUCCUAAGGGAAUCUAAUCUGCCGCAGGGCUGAGAAUCUCCGGGAUGCAGUUGACCUGGGAAUAGAAUUGCCAGGAGGAGAGUCACCUGUUAUUAGCUGAUGCCAAACUUUUCCAAAGUGGCUUGUAGCUAUGACAUUCUCACCAGUAUGGAACAAAAGUCCUGCUGCCGUCACAUCCUCAAGACUUGAUAUUGAUCAGCUUUUAACUUUUUAUCUUUCUGAUGGAUGUGAAAUGAUAUCUUAUUUGUAGUUUUGAUUUGUGUUUCUCUCAUUACUAAUGAGGCUGAGCAGUUGGCAAAGUUAGACUGGAAAGGAGCCAACCAGGUGAAGACCUGGAGGAAGAGAGAUUUACGGGGCAGGGAGGAUGAAUGGCAGGUGCCAAGGCCCUGUGGUGGGCAAGGGCUGGGAUGUGGAGGAACAGAAAGAAGGGGGGAAUCAUUAGGCAAGGGGAGGGGGAAGAGUGGCUUAAGACAAGAUCAGCAGAGGUCAGAUCAACAGGACAGAGAGCCAUGGUGAAGACUUUGGCUUUUACUCUGGGUGAGAUAGGAACAUGGGAGGUUUUGAGAAGAGGGACACAGCCUUAACUCCUCCUUCUGGAUGCCUGUGGAAAAUCAUGAUUUGAACUAAAUGGAUGUAGGAGGGAGUAUAUACUUUUUAAUGAUUGCAUAUGACAUGUCUCCCCCACGUCACUCUCCACUCACCAGUUAGAACAGGGUAAGGAUGAUUGUUUUGUUCACAGUUGUUAUCCCCAGCACCUAAUGACCCAAACAGAUGACUUUCCCUGCCCUCAUUCUAGGUGGUGAGUGGAGGGACUUAAAACAGGUUUUCAUAGUCCUUGCUUCACAGGUGGAAACAAAUUGGGCCGAAUCUGUGGAUUUAGUUCUGUUCCCCACCCCCACCCCAAGCCUGGCAUGGCCCUCAAAGAGAGCUGGGGUGGGGGUGAGGGUACAGCUGUCCCUCCCCUGUACCCUCCCCACAUUGGAUCAGUCAAUGCCUCCCAUGGAGCCCAGCAUUAGGACAUUUAGACACAGGAUUGAUGACUCCAGACAAGCGAGGAGACCACCUCAGCCUCACCCUUCCCUACUCCUUUCUCUCACCUGCCCAGAGUAAUCUUUCUCAACUGAACUCUAAACAGGUUUCUCCUCAGCUGAAAAUUCUUCCUUGGCUCCCCAGUGCCCUUGAGGCAAAGUCCAAACUCCUCCAGGCCCUGGAGGCCCAGCAAAUCUGACCCCUCGGCCCUGCCCACCCCACCCCCAUCCCUGGGAGCUGCUCUCAAUGGCUCUGAAAUAGUUACUGAUUCUUACCUCAGGCCUUUCCCCUCGGUAUUAAUUCACUUCCUUUGGGAAGUUGCCCCCAACCCCCUGUCAAGUGACCCGCCUCUUGACUGUCACAGUGCCCAGUCUUUUUCCCCCAUCAAAGCACACUUCCCUUUGCAUUCUAAUUGUCUGUUUACUUCUUCUGUCUCCUCCAGUGAGCUAUCCUUGGGUAGAAAUCCGAGUGUUUUGUUCAGGGCUGUAUCCCCAGCUCCGAGAACAGUGCCUGGCACGUUAGUGGGCACUCAGUAAACAUCUGCUAAUUUAGGGAACGAAGGCACUUUUCCAGACGAUGCCAGAUUGCUUUGCAAAAAGGCUGUGGCCCUGGACAAGCAGCCACGUAAAGGUGUCCAUUGCCUCGCUCCCUCCACUGAACUGUGUAUUGUUCUUUGUCAAUCCCACUCUCUUUACAAGGCACCCUCCGGGCGGAGAAAAUUUCCGUCUCCUUCUCAAACCCAAGGCGGAGGAGGUUUCGGAACAUCAGGUGCCCAGACCCGCGGCGCGCGGCGCCAGGGGGCGCCAGAGGGGGAGACCAUGCCUCGCUGAGCUGGCGGGCGCUCGGGUCCCGAAGGGGGUCCCGCCUAGCUCGGGGUUCCCUGUGCCCCGCCUCCGGCAGCUCGCCGCGGGGCGAUCCCUGCAGCGCCAGAGACCCGGCUUCGGAGCGGCCCCGCCCGGCUCCCAGCGCCACGCGGCGCGAGCCCCGCCAGCCCCCGGCGCACCUGCUUGGGGCGUGGCCUCCAGGGAAGGUGCGCCUCGAUUGGAUCGGAGGUGACAAAGGGGCGCGGUCUCUACAGGCCCCGCCCCAUUGGAGACGAAUUAUUUAAGCGAGCUGGCUCCCCGGCUCCACUCAUAGCGCAGCUGCACGGCCUCGGGUUUGGAGGGCUUUGCCAUUCCAGCACGACCCGGCGACCCUCCUGCUGCUCCAGCCAACAUGCCGCGCUCUUUCCUCGUCAGGAAGUCCGCCUGUUCUCGCCGGAGACCCAACUACAGCGAGCUACACGACUCUUCUCCAGAGUUUACCUUCCAGCAGCCUUAUGACCAGGCCCACCUGCUGGCAGCCAUCCCGCCUCCCGAGGUCCUCAAUCCCACAGCCUCACUGCCCACGCUCAUCUGGGACUCUCUCCUGGCACCCCAAGCCCAGCCAAUUGGCUGGGCCUCUCUUCUGUCCCAGGAGAUCCCCAAGGCUGUCGAGCUGACCUCCCUGUCUGACGAGGACAGUGGGAAAGGCUCCCAGCCCCCCAGCCCACCCUCACCGGCUCCUUCGUCCUUCUCUUCCACCUCAGCCUCUUCCCUGGAGGCCGAGGGUUACAUUGCCUUCCCAGGCCUGGGCCAGUUGCCCAAGCAGCUGACUGGGCUGUCUGUGGCCAAGGACCCCCAGUCUCGCAAGGCCUUCAACUGCAAAUACUGCAACAAGGAGUACAUCAGCCUGGGUGCCCUCAAGAUGCACAUUAGAAGCCACACUCUGCCCUGUGUCUGUGGCACCUGCGGGAAGGCCUUCUCCAGGCCCUGGCUGCUGCAGGGCCACGUCCGGACCCACACUGGCGAGAAGCCCUUCUCCUGCUCCCACUGCAGCCGUGCCUUCGCCGACCGCUCCAACCUGCGGGCCCAUCUGCAGACCCACUCGGAUGUCAAGAAGUACCAGUGCAAGACGUGCUCCAGAACCUUCUCCCGAAUGUCCCUGCUCCACAAGCACCAAGAGUCGGGCUGCUCCGGGGGCCCCCGCUGACUCUUCAAGGCUCCUUCUGACUCUCAAGGCCCUCCCCCAACUGCGGCCUCCCCCAGCUCCAGAAGGAAGUUACCCUGCAUCCUUCUCACUGCCACAGAAUCCCCUUCUGAGCUCCACCCUCUGGCUGUGUUGGGCCACAAAGGACUCUGAGGACCAGUUUCCAGUUGUCCGCUCUGGGUGUCUCGCUGGGCUCUGAGAGAGGCCUUUCUGUGGACGGCUGAUGGGAGGGUGGCCGGCAGCAGAGACCCCUCCUGGCAGUCGCCGCUCCCAAGCAUUCCGGAGCUGGCCUUUCUGUGUGGGUUUGUGUAUCCAAAGCUGUUUGGAUACAGCUGCUUUGAGCUCCAGGACAAAAGCCGGCAGACUGAUAAGAAACUACCCCUCAACUCAGGGGACCCCAGCCUCCCCCCCAGGAACCCUCAGGCCACCCCUCCAGGAGGUGUGACUGACUAUGCAAUCGUCCACCCCCAGGUGCGCCCACAGGGCCCGUAGGGGUGGUCACUGACACCAGGACAGCGUCUAGACCCCAGGAUGCCCCAGGACCGGGGCAGCUAUUUCAGCCUCCUGUUUGUCAUGGUGGCACCUGUUUCACGGGCAAUUUAACAACAUCUCAAAAGGGACUGUGAGUAAUUGCCUUCACUUGUCGGGGGCCCGAGUGGGGCGUUUCGUCCCCACCGAUGUAUCUCCCGGAACUAUUUUCGGGGCCCGACAGGUGGGCCCAGGAGGAAGAUGUUUACAUUUUUAAAGGUACACUGGUAUUUAUAUUGCAAGCAACAUUUUGUACUAAGGAAGCAUUUUGUAUAGUUAUAUGUACGGUUUAUUGAUAUUCAAUAAAGC